UUUGUUUACACCAGUUGCAAGUUAACUCACGGCGUUUUGUGGAAGUUUUUGUGUGGUGAAAAGUGACAAUUUUAUGAUCCGGAAGUAGUUUAAAUUACAAAUCAAAGUAUUUGAGGGUGUAAUAAGGUGAAAUUGAGUUAAAGGUUAGAGAACCUAGAGAGGAAAUAUGGGCCGGCCGCGUAAAGGUUCCGCAGCUAUUUCCAAGACAUCACAAGGAAAGAGAAGGCGCCCGGAAACCGAUACGGAUUGUAGUACGGAUUCUGACGCAGGAGAUAAAGAUAUCAAGCAAAACCAUGCUACUGCAGCUCAAAGAGAAAAACUCCUAGAUGAGAUGGAAAAAAAUUUUCAAUUAUUUAAUGGAGAGUAUCAUAGUAUGGCUGAAGAGCAACAAAUCGCAAGAAACAAAGCCUGGGAAAAGUUGGCAAUUGAGUUAAAUUCUAUGGAAAAAGAUAAGGCUCCCAAGACAAGACAACAAUGGCUGCGAACAUGGAAGGCUAUGCAAACUCAUGCAAAAAAGGCAGUCAGUGCGGUUAAAAACGAUAUUGAUGAAACUGGAGGCGGUCCUGGGAUUGGAAGUAGAUUGACGACUAGACAAGAACGUAUAAUAAGUCUAAUCGGUCCACGUGCUACAGGCAUCCUACAACGCGCUGCAAAUUGUUCGGAAGUCUUGUCGACAGCACGUGAUCAUCAAUAUUCAAAUUUAAGCAAGAUAAUUCAUGAUCGCCUUCAAGGAAAUCUUGAAGAAAGCGAUAGGCAGACUGUUUCAGUUAACUCCUCCGAUGAAGAUGAUUUCAUUGCAACCAAUCCUGCCUUGAAUAGAGUGCCCCCGGAUAUUCAACCGCCAAAAAGUAAAGUUCCACAGCCCCAGAGACUAUUGGAUUCUUUGAAUGUGGAUCUAAUGAGAGAUCCUUUUGACAAUCCCAUACCAGGACCUUCUCAUGGAAAUUUCACUUCAAAUCUUUAUGCAAAUCCAACUCCAGGUCCUUCUCACGUCAAAUGUGUACCUGGUCCUUCUCAUGCCAUCGAUGUACCUGGUCCUUCCCACGUCACCGGCGUACCUGGUCUUCCUCAAGCUGCCGGUGUACCUGGUCCGUCACAUACGAAAAAGCACAGUAGUUCACGUAAUGUGCAAAAGCGUGCAUUUAACAAAACUCAAUGCAGUAAUACGAAAUUUAAAUCGAGCUAUGUUCCCAUGCCUUCAAAUACAAAGGCAACACAGACACCUCAAAGUAUUUCUCCAACCAAAGAGGUUUGUCAGUAUUUCAAUUAUUCUUAAUUUGCAAGAUUAUUUCGAUUAAUUUAAGCAAUGCAACAUAUACUAAAGCAUGUCCUGAAUUUAAAAGACAAGAAGACAAAUGACUCAUUAAAAAACUAUAGUACAUUAUAAAUACAUUUGACAUAUUUGACAUUGACAAGGGAAGAUUGCCAUCCAAACCACAGAUUCCUUCGGGCACUUGUCGUACUCUUUGAACCUAUACUUGCUGGCUACUCCCGUACAAGUUUUCGCCGUGUAAAACUGUUGGCCGGGCAAUUGAGUAAAUUCACCUUUUACGACAGUUUCGUCGUCCAUCAAAAUGCAUCCUUGAAAGCCUUUCAAAACUCGAUCACUCAGAUUUCUCGACCUCGUUUUGGUACUUUGCCUCUGCUUGUCCGUGCGAUGGGGAGCAGCUUGAGCUUUGUGCGUUAUCAAUCCAUUAUUCUCUUUGAUUCUCUGCACUAAGCUCUUGGAGAUACCCAGAUUUUGCCCACAGCUCUGACUGAAAGGCAAGGUUGCUUCUGGAAAAGCGCCAACACUAUCUUCUCCAUCCUCUUGUCUAUAGCUCCAGGUUUUCUGCCACAUCCUGGCUUUCGAACAACAGUCUUGAGUUUCUUGAAGCGUAAUAUAACCCUUCACACUGUGGAUGGACACUUCCGAUUUCAGAAUAGCUCGCUUUUGGAUUCUUUAUGUACGUGUCCACGAUCAAUUUGCGCAGGUUCUCUAUUUUUAUCACUUUUCUCAGCCAAAACACAGCCUUUUUCAAUAUUUUUUCAGAAAUGAAAAGCUGAUGAAAUUCUAUUGUAACGUCAAAAAAUCAGAACAAAACUCAAUUUCUAUUGUGACUAACUUCAUGUCGAAAACUUGUCAUUUAAAUCCGGGACACGCUUUAUAGUAACUGAGGGCAAGAUAGACUUCGUUUCUUGCAAUCAAAGUUGUGUACAAAGGAGGAAAAGUGAUCCGAUACUUCUACCAGUCUAUUUUCCCUUCAGAUACGGUAUAUGAGAAACUGUAAAUUUUUCAUUAAUAUUCAUAGGGAUACAAAGAGCGUUGUGAGAUCUUGGAAAAAGAAAAUCAAGAAUUGAGGAAUCGCAUUGAAAAUUUAAAAUUUAAACAGCGAGGAGAUGUACAUUUUCACUUUACUUUUAAUCAGAACUAAAUGUACAAAGUUUUAAAAGAAAUAGUUAAAGAUGUUACAGAUAUAUAUUCCAGUGAUUUACUUCCAAUGAAUUAAAAAAAUGAAUUUAACUGUUCAGAUAAAAGUAAUUUUGAGAAUUCACUCAGGAAUGUGCAGUAAGAUGGUUUAACCCAGACAGUCGUAUAUGGGUUCCAUCCACAACGCCAAUUACUCCCCGAAUUCCGUAUUUUUCCUGAAAUCUAAAUUUUCAAAAAUAUAAAUUUGUAUUUAUAUAUUCAUUUUGAAAUCAGAAUGAGCUUAUUAAAACUCGUGUCAAAUCUAAAAAAA